CGUAAUCCGAGCCGCAGAGGGCGGCGGGGCCGGCGGAGCCCGCCGAGGUUAAUUGCCGAGCUUUGAACGCCCCCUCCCGCUCCGCCCUCCUCCAGCCGCCGCCCCGCCCCGCCCCCGCGGUGAGGUCCCGGGCGGGCGACGACGGCCACAGCCCAGCAACUGGAGGGAGCGAGGCUGCAGCGCGGCCGCCGGGCGCAGCAUGACUGCCAUCCGCGUGCAGGCCCAGAGGCCAUUGGGCCAAAGGCAGCCCUGCCGCUCGUUCUUUGAAUCCUUCAUCCGGACCCUCAUCAUCACGUGUGUGGCCCUGGCUGUGGUCCUGUCCUCGGUCUCCGUUUGUGAUGGGCGCUGGCUCCUGGCUGAGGACCGUCUCUUCGGGCUCUGGCACUUCUGCACCACCACCAACCAGAGUGCACCAACCUGCUUCAGAGACCUGGGCCAGGCCCAUGUGCCCGGGCUGGCCGUGGGCAUGGGCCUGGUGCGCAGCGUGGGCGCCUUGGCUGUGGUGGCCGCCAUUUUUGGCCUGGAGCUCCUCAUGGUGUCCCAGGUGUGCGAGGACAAACACUCACGGCCCAAGUGGAUCAUGGGUUCCAUCCUCCUCCUGGUCUCUUUCAUCCUCUCCUCCGGGGGGCUCCUGGGUUUUGUGAUCCUCCUCAGAAACCAAGUCACACUCAUCGGCUUCACCCUGAUGUUUUGGUGUGAAUUCACUGCUUCCUUCCUCUUCUUCCUGAACGCCAUCAGUGGCCUGCACAUCAACAGUAUCACCCAUCCCUGGGAACAACCAUGGAAAUUUUAGGCCUCUUCCAGGGACAUCAGGUUCUACAAGAAAGUGUGGUCAAGAUGGGACUUUUCCAACAUGUGGCCUCUGGUGGGGCUGGAGUGGGACAAGGACCUUGAAACAGCCGCCUCUUUGCCAAUAACUUGUGGGUGGUCAGCCAGAAAUGGCCUGGGGGUCUCUGCAGCUGGGCUGCGGGGCCAGAGGCCAGGAGGGUGCCUCAGUACCACCAGCUGCACAGGCUUAGCCAGAUGUUGAUUUUAGAAGAAGGAAAAAACAUUUUAAAAUGCCUUUCUUGAAUUUUCUUCCCUGGACUGGGAUAGAGUUGGAAGCAGCAGGAUAUCUGGUGCCUGAGCUAGCUGCACACCCAAGGAUAAUUCAUGCCUGUCUCACUGAUGCGUGCUGGGAUGGGGGCUGCAGAAUCCCUGGGGCUCUCAGGGUUGUUAAGGAUGGCUCUUCCAGCUAAGGGGCCAAUCAGUGCCUAGGAGUUUCUUCCACCAGCUUAAAGGUCCUUCACGUGUAUGUCCCUGGCUUCAUCUUUGAUCGUGCCAAAGAGGCAGAGUUCAGGAUUCCCUCAGAAGGCCUUGCACACAGUAGGUUUUCAAACCAUUUGACUCGGUUUACCUCCCUGCCCUUUGUGGGAACCUUGCAAACUCUGGAUAACCCCAGCUUCUAGCAGCUGGCUGUCCCCUCUGGGAGCUCUGCCUAUCAGAACUCUACCUUAAGGUGGCUUUCCUGUCUCUUUCAAGAAAGAGUUCUUGAGCAAGUCCUCCCUGGAGGGCCCACCUGACUGCUAAUACACAGCCCUCUCCAAGGGACGUGUGCACGUGUCUAUCUUCUGUGAGGGUCAGACAGCCUUAGGGCACCAUUUUUAAUCCCAGAACCCAUUUCAAAGAGCACGGAUCUAGACCUGCUGGACUCUGCAGCGGGUGAGGGGAACCGCCAGAGUUUGGGUAAUGAUUAACACCCAUCCUGGGGAUGCAUGGAGGUGAAAGCGGUCAGGAACCAAUGGAGAUUUCCAUCCUUGCCAGCACAUCUGUACUUCUGUUCAUUAAAGUGCUCCCUUUCUAGUUCUUUUUCUGCCCAGAA